UCUGUCAAAUUGAUGACGUCACUAAAGGGGUUGGCUCCAAGGCCAAGUGCCCGUCUAUUUAGGGAGGAGUCGGGAUCUUGCUCAGGGGUUGCUGAGUAGAGGCGCAACAGUUUUUGAAUGUGCCAGGCUGGUAUUUGUUUACUCCCUUUUAUUUUCUGUUUUUGUACAAAGUGUGUUGUAUAAAUGUGACCUUAUGAAAUUAAAUAUUUUUGUUAAACAUGGACACAAUUUUGAACAUCAAUUAUUAGCCGGCUGCACAAGUCUGAACUAGCUUCAUUUAUAUUCGGCAACCAGUAGCAGUAAAAGUAUAGGACUUUACCGCUACAUUUAAGUCAAAAACUGCCUCACCUAAAGGCGAGUUGUUUAUUGGGAAGCAACAAGCUGCGAGGCUUGUUUAAGAAGAGGAUCGCACUUGCCACUGUCAGUGUUUGAUUGGCAGCCGGCGGCGGAGGAAACGGAUUGGCGAAGCGGCGGGCACAUUCCUGCAAUCAAGCUCAGCAUCGACAGCCCCGAGUCCCACUGGAGAGCAACAGGGUCGCUCAUCGGGGACAGCAGCAGCAGGAGCAGGAGCACCUGCAGAUCAUCUCAUCGGACCAAGCCGCGCAAGUGCUUGGUCCGAUACCACAGCGUUGAGUGUGGCUGACAAACUUUGACUUUUCCAAAUGGAGGAGGAGGGAGCACAUGCAUGCGCUGAUGAACAUAAACAGCCACAAGGGGACACUGUGGCUGAACAGGAGAAUGUUGGACAAUGGGUUGAAGGUAAAAAUGACACUCAAAGCUCUAAGUCACAAAAUUGAAAGUUUGCAGGGGGAAAGAAAAUCAAAGUUGCAAAGACUCUCAAUACUAAAAGAGGGGGUCAUUGCUGUGAUAAAUGACGAAACACGUUCACAUGAGCUAAAGGAGGAAUUUAGCAGGUUUAUAGAUUUAUAUCAUGAAAUUAGAAAAGUGCACAUAACUUUGUUGUCUCUGUUGCCAGAAUAUGAGAGUACUAAACAUGAGACAUGGUACAAAGCAAAAAUGUUGAAUUUUGAUGGUUUUAUUGAAAAGGUUGACAGGUUGAUGUGUUUUCAAAAUGAUGAUGAGGUUGAAAAUAAGAGUUCCGCUGUUGAUGGUUUUGAAAAUGAAAGUGUACAACCCCACAACAGCAUUUCAAAUGUUCCAUCUAUUGUCUUAUCAAAGGUCAUUCAAUCCACAGUCUCAAACAAAAGCAAAAUGUCUUCCACUUCUUCUGCUCGCAUAAUAGCAGAGGCAGAUAUGGCAGCACUUGUCGCCCAUGCUAUUGCUUUAAAAGAGAUCCAUGCAUUGGAGGCGCAGGCAGCAGCUCUAAAGAGGAAACAAGAAGAGCAGGCAGCAGCUCUAAAGAGGAAACAAGAAGAGCAGGCAGCAGCUCUAAAGAGGGAACAGGAGGAACAAGCAGAGGCCAUAAGGAGAAAAAAGGAGCAAAUGGAGUUGGAUGCUGAAAUAGCAGCCCACAAUGCUAAAUUGUCUGUCCUCCAAGAAGCCAGUGUUUCUGGCAGAAGCCAAAAGUCUGAUGGAAUGGAGUCCUAUUACAGGCAAGGGACAAAACCGAAAAAAGUGCCUACCCGGCCUGUACAACAACUUCAGCCAUCUGUUAAAGCUGCUCCUUCAGAGCUUCACACAGCCAAGAAUGCCCCAAACAAGGUCCAUUCACACCCUCAACCAAACAACCAACCACUUCGCUCGUCAACUUUGGAUCCUGUGGAAAACCAAUCAAGGCAAAAUUGA